ACAUUUUAUUUAGAAAAAGAAAAAGAAAAGAAAAAGAGAAGAAUACUCCCAUUUUCCAAUAAGCAUCAUGUGGCUGUAUUUCCGGUUUGUUCUCUGAGCAGUUACCAGUAAGUACAAACAGAGAGGAACAUUUAGUCUCUUCUUGGAUCUGUAGUGAGAUUCCUUUGUUCCUUUCUUUAAUCUCCUCUUCUUCCUCCUUCCUUUGGCUGUUUCUCUUCAUCUGCAACUCUUCCUCUCUUCAUUGGUUCUGUAAUUUGUAAGGUUGCAUCAUUCUCGUCAUGGCUUUAAUGGUGGUCACUGCUGAAUGAUGGAGAAAGAAAAAGAAAGCUUUAAAAGUCAUCAGUGAGGCUAAAAGUUAGGGUCUUUGGAAAUCAAUAAAGGGAAGAGCACCACAACAACACACACAGAAGAAAGUUUCCAAGCCAAAAAAAGAAGAGAACUUUUUUGAAAUGGCUGCAAAGCUUCUGCAUUCGUUGGCAGAUGAUAGUGCAGAUCUGCAGAAGCAAAUUGGUUGUAUGAAUGGUAUUUUUCAGAUCUUUGACCGUCACCAUGUUCUCACCGGCCGGCGAAAGAGUCUUACUUUAGGUAGUGGAAAUGCAAAUAGCAUCAACAUUGAGAGAGACUCCGUUGAUACAUUUUAUCAAGCAAAAGACACUGUAAGUUUAUUCUUAAGGGUCACUGAUCUAAUGUUGUCUGUAAGAUCAAUCCUAAGGCUUUUUGCAUUUCAGUUUCAGGACACAAACAUUGGUGGGAAUGUGAAAGAGAAGCAAAGGGUUUCAACAGAAUCAUCCAGGGUUUCUUUCUCAUCUUCCUGUUCGUCUUCCCCAUCAUCUCCUGAUUUGAAUAGAGUUCUACCUGAAGCUUCUGCCUAUGACCAAGCCCAUUUUCCUGAAUCUCCUACAAGUGACUCUGAGAUGGCCGAAGGGAAUGGGUUUUCACAGCUAGGAUUUGACCUCAGAGAUGUUGUGAGAGACUCUAUGUACAGAGACGCAAGAGGGCUUUCGCUCAAGACUCCUAUGACAAGAGAGGAAGCAGUUAGACGCAGCAGAAGAGAGGAUUCUCCAAGGCCUUAUGGUUUGAAGCAAUCCACACCUGCUGAUCUCAGUGAGUCCUUCAGGUUUCUUUCCAAGCUUAGAGAAUCACCACAUCAUUAUAAUGAGGUUGGAGCAAAGGGUGCACCAGCACGUUACUCUGUUGAUUCUCAUGAUACGCUGAAAUCAAGACAGAAGUUGAAAGAGCUGCCUAGGCUUUCGCUGGAUAGCAGAGAAAGAGUGGUGCAAAACUCUGUUGUUGAUCUUAAACCAGUUAAGCUUCCUGAAAGUUGUUCAAGCAGCAACAAGAAACGGCCUCCAAGUGUUGUUGCAAAGCUCAUGGGGUUGGAGACAUUGCCAGGUUCUCCAGUGGGUAGAGACAUCCAUAAGCUUGGUUUGAACACUUUUGACGAUAACAACGAUCCAUUCUCAAGAUCAUUGAGGGAGAAAAACCUGAACCGUACAAUAAGGUUUUCUCCUAGCUCACCAAGAAGCUUGGGGAAGGACCCUUCUUCUCCAAGAUGGAGAAACUCUGAUUUUGUUAUGAAGCCUCUCUCAAGUUCUAGGUUUCCCAUUGAGCCAGCUCCGUGGAAGCAAGCUGAUAGAAACAGAGUUCUGCAGAAGCAGCCUGUGAAAGCAGCAGCACCGCCUGAAGUGCCUAAGUUUCCUCCUACUGUGUACAGUGAAAUGGAGAGGAGAUUGAACGAUCUUGAGUUCAAAGAUUCAGGAAAAGAUCUGCGAGCUCUUAAACAAAUAUUAGAGGCUAUGCAGUCAAAGGUUUUGCUGGACACUGAGAAACAACCAGAACCCUCAAACAUGGCAGCUCAAAGAGAUUAUGCAACUUCUAACCAAGAGAUGACAUCAAGAACUAGAGUUCCCUCAUCUUCAUCUAACCAGGUGUAUCAAUCUCCGAUUGUGAUUAUGAAACCUGCCAAACUUGUUGAAAAGGCUGGUAUCCCUGCGUCAUCUCUUAUUCCAAUUCACAGUCUAUCUGGUGGGCUUAAUAAGAUCCGUAGAGAGAAGCCUGAUGAGAAAGGAGCUUCAACAAGUAGUAAACGGGUGACAAAAGACAGUAGUACUGGAAAGGGAAGAGCUGAAUCAUCAACCAGCUCUGUUGAUAAGAAACCUAACAGCAGAAACGUGCCGUCUUCUUCAAAGAAGCCUCAUAAGGUUUCCAAAGAGAGUGGUACUUCAAAGAGUUCAGGUUCUGUAAGUCCAAGGUUGCAGCAGAAGAAGCUUGAGCAUGACAAACGCUCACGGCCACCGACUCCUCCAUCUGAUUCUGCUAAAUCAAGGAAACCGUUGAACCGACAAAUGGCGGAGUCUACUUCUCCUGGUGGCAGACGUAGACCCAGGGCUCAGAAGAGUUUGCAGCAAAAUGAUGACCAAGUUAGUCAAGGGAGCAAUGAGUCGAGGACGUCGAGUCAUGAAAUGUGUACUCAUUCUGAAGCAGAAGCAGCAUCUGUAAUUGAGGCAGCCAAAGCUGUGGUCUCCAACUUAAUGCAGAAUAAAUCCAGUCCAAGGUUUAGUGAAGAUGGAUCGUCAGCAAACCUUUCACUAGUUGCUUUGGAGCAUCCAAGUCCUAUUUCUGUUCUUGACACCUCAAUUUACAGAGAGAUGGAACCAUCUCCUGUGAAGACACAAGGUUAUGUUGUUGCUCAUGACUCUGGUGAUGAUGAACAUUGUGAGGAUCAGUGGAAUCCAGCGUACAGUUUCUCUGAGACAACAUCAACCUUUUCGCCAGAGAUAAACCGGAAGAAGCUUCAAAACGUUGAGCACUUGGUUCAAAAGCUAAGACGUCUGAACUCUACCCAUGAUGAAGCCAACCAAGACUACAUUGCUUCCCUCUGCGAGACCCCAGAUCCCAACACCGAUCACAGAUACAUCUCCGAGAUUCUAUUAGCCUCAGGUCUUCUGCUCCGAGAUCUCGGCUCAGGGUUAACAACGUUUCAACUACACCCUUCAGGACACCCGAUCAACCCAGAGCUGUUCUAUGUUCUUGAGCAGACAAAGGGAAGCAGCAACACGCAUCUGCUGCUACACAAAGAAGAAAGCAAGGCUCUGAACAAGGAGAAGCUCAACCGCAAACUUGUGUUUGACACGGUUAAUGAACUUCUUGUGGAGAAACUAGCAUCGGUUGAAGCCACAACGAAUCCGUUGAUGAAGUCAUCUGCUAAGAAAGUAAUGAGUGCGCAACAGCUACUGAAAGAGCUGUGCUCAGAUAUAGAAACACUGCAAAGACAAGCCACAAAGAGAUCUGAAAACUUCCUGUUGGAGGAAGAAGACGACUUCCUGAAGAGUGUACUUGCGGAAGAUGUGAUGAUUCGGUCUGGGAACUGGGUGGACUUCAGUGGAGAGACCUCAGGGUUGGUGCUGGAUGUGGAGAGGCUUGUUUUCAAGGAUCUGGUGAAUGAGAUCGUGCAUGCAGAAACUAGCCGUUUGCAAGCAAAGUCGGGAAGACGAAGAACGCUUUUCGCGGAACAGUAAGCUAAGGCUGUUGAAGAAACACUAAUUAUAUAUAUACUCUAUGGUCUUUUCUUUUGCCCUGCUGAUUCAACAUGCUUGUUUUUGGUUCUUCAGUAUUAUACAGCAGGAUAAUUAUUAUAUGGUGUGUUAUGUAAUAACUGAAGUUCUUGAGAUUGGUUAUUCGGAAAAAACCUGUAAAUCAGUUUAGGUUAAGAGAAUGCAUGAUAGCAGAAAUAUAAUUAACACG